CCCUCCCCCACCCCAAAUUUCCGCUUUUUUUGGGUUUUUUUUUUGGGGUUCGGCCGGAGGAGCCGCGAUGGAGCCCCGAGAGCUGCUGGUGGUGCUGGGGACAGCCCUGCUGACCGCUGCGCUGGACCUGGAGAGCCCCGAAGUGUUUCCGGGGGGUUCCGGGAGCGGCUUCGGGGUCAGCGUGGCCGGAGUGGGCGGCGGGGACAGGAGCUGGCUGUUGGUCGGGGCUCCCCAUGCCGGGAGCGGCUCCGGGGCCGUUUUCAGCUGCACCUUCGGCUCCGGAACGUGCCGGAAACUGCCGCUGACAGGACCCCCCGGCGUGAACCAAUCCCGGCUGGGGCUGGCGAUGGCGGCCGGAGACGACGCGGCGCUGGUGUGCGGCCCCAUCGCGCCUCAGGUCUGCGGGGUCAAUGUCCACCUCAACGGCUUCUGCGUCCAGCUGGACACCGAACUCCGGCCGGUCCGGAGCUUCCCGGAGACCAUCCCAGAGUGUCCCAAGACCGCGCUGGACAUCGCCAUCCUGAUGGACGGCUCGGGCAGCAUCGCUGACCACGACUUCCGGACCAUGAAGACCUUCAUCGCCGAGGUCAUGCGGCGCUUCCGCGACGUCGACGCGCAGUUCUCGCUGACGCAGUUCUCCCACGCCGUCAAGCACCACUUUGACUUCAGCGACUUCCGGAAGGUUCCGGACCCGGCGCGGCUGCUCCGGACGGUCCGGCAGCUCAACGGCGCCACCUACACGGCCACGGCCAUCCAGAGGGUGCUGCAGGAGAUGUUCGUGUCCGGCCGCGGCGCUCGGGCCGGGGCGCGCCGUGUCCUGGUGGUGGUGACCGACGGUGAGAAGUUCGAUGACCCCCUGGACUACUCAGAGGUCAUCCCGCUGGCCGAAGCCAUGGCGGUCACUCGCUACGCCAUUGGGGUGGGCAGCGCCUUUGGGCGGCCGCAGGCGCACCUGGAGCUGCAGGUGAUCGCGUCCGGCCCCACCCAUGGGUGCCCCUCUCACCUGUGGGUGCCCCCCCCUCACCUGUGGGUGCCCCCCUCACCUGUGGGUGCCCCCCACCCAUGGGUGCCCUCACCUGGGCAGGUGGGCAGCGCCUUUGGGCGGCCGCAGGCGCACCUGGAGCUGCAGGUGAUCGCAUUGAACCCCACCCAUGGGUGCCCCUCUCACCUGUGGGUGCCCCCCUCACCUGUGGGUGCCCCCCACCCAUGGGUGCCCUCACCUGGGCAGGUGGGCAGCGCCUUUGGGCGGCCGCAGGCGCACCUGGAGCUGCAGGUGAUCGCGUCCGGCCCCACCCAUGGGUGCCCCUCACCUGUGGGUGCCCCCCCUCACCUGUGGGUGCCCCCCACCCAUGGGUGCCCUCACCUGGGCAGGUGGGCAGCGCCUUUGGGCGCCCGCAGGCGCACCUGGAGCUGCAGGUGAUCGCGUCCGACCCCA